AUGAGCAAAGCAUACGAUCGUGUGGAGUGGGACUAUUUACAGGCGGUGCUUCGUAAGAUGGGAUUUGAUGAAAAACUGGUGAGAUUGUUCAUGGUCUGUAUCACUUCUGCCAAGUAUCAGAUUACUCAUGCUGGUAAAGUGUUUGGUCAUAUUAUUCCGGAGAGAGGGUUGCGCCAGGGUGAUCCUUUAUCCUCAUAUUUAUUUAUUAUUUGUACAGAGGGCUUUUCAGCUCUGUUACAGGAUUAUGAGGACAGGAGUCUCCUUAAUGGCAUUCAGGUUGCUAGGGGUGCUCCUAAGGUAUCUCAUAUGUUCUUUGCAGAUGAUAGCUACAUUUUUUGUAAAGCUUCAAAUAUGGAGGCACACCAAGUUUUGCAGCUUCUGGGCAUCUUUGAGAGGGCUUCUGGGCAGAAAAUAAAUUAUGAUAAGUCUUCUAUUUUCUUCAGUAGGAAUACAUUGCCCCAGGUCAGAGAUACAAUAUGUGGUGAUAUGUCCAUUCAUGAGGCUGACGAUAAUAGUACCUAUUUGGGGUUACCUAAUAUAUUGGGACGCAAUAAGUCGGUGAUCCUAGGCUAUCUCAAGGAUCGAAUACGUCAUCGAAUCCAAAGUUGGGAGAGUAAAUUUUUAUCAAAAGCAGGUAAGGAGAUCUUAUUGAAGACUGUGGCUCAAGCUCUCCCUAACUAUGCUAUGAGUGUAUUUCUUCUCCCUUUGGAUACAAGCAGGGACAUUGAGCGCUUAAUGAAUAAAUAUUGGUGGUCCUCCUCAUCCAAGAAAUCUAAAGGCAUUCAUUGGCAAAGUUGGAGUAGGCUUAGCAAACCCAAAGAAUCGGGUGGCCUUGGUUUUUGCUCCUUACAUAAUUUCAAUCUUUCCUUUCUUGGGAAACAAGGUUGGCGUCUCUCGAAACAUCCUCAGUCACUGGUUAGCAGAUUGUAUAAAGCCAGAUAUUAUCCUCAAGACUCUUUCCUUUCAGCCAAGAUAGGCGGCAGCCCAAGUUAUAUUUGGAGAAGCAUAAUGGCAUCUCAAGAGCUCAUUCGGCAAGGGGCAGCGGUUCGAAUUGGGGAUGGUAAGUCAAUCAACAUCCUCGAGGUUCCUUGGCUCCCUAAUUCAGACCCAUAUAUCCACACCACUUCUACAGUACUAGUCAAUAAAAAGGCUGUCCAGCUAAUGAAGGUUGACCAAUGCGAAUGGGAUGAGGAUUUACUUCAAGAUCUUCUUAUUGACAGGGAUAUUAGUAUAAUCAGGAAUAUCCCAAUACAUGCAAAUGAAGCUGAUACAUGGUACUGGAAGAUGGAUAGGCUUGGGCAUUACACAGUAAAAAGUGCUCAUUUAUUGACUCAACAGAGGGAGCGCACAGAGGUGGAUCAAGAAGCUUCGGUAUACUGGAAGAAAUUGUGGAAGCUGAGCAUCCCCCCCAAAGUCAAAACCUUUUUAUGGCAGGCCUCAACCGAUUGUCUUCCCACAAAAUGCAAUCUCCAACUAAAAGGAGUACCAGUGAGUGAUCUCUGCCCGUUCUGUAACACAUGCCCUGAGUCGAUCCCUCAUGUUCUUCUCUCUUGCUCAUUCUCGCAAGUUUGCUGGAAUAUCCUUGGCGUUCAAAUCGACCCAGAUGACCCAGGUGUGUUUGUUGUCCAAUUAGCUAAGAUUCUGGAGAAUACCCACGCCGAAAAUCUCCUGCAUAUACCCAUGCUUUGUUGGGCGUUAUGGAAAUCAAGAAAUGAGCUCAUUUGGAAUCAAAAGGGUGCAGAGGCCCCUGACAUUGUGACUCUUGCCCGUGUUACCUUGGAGCAAUGGAAGAACGCCCAAGACCGUUCUUUUGAUCUUUCGCUCGACCGAUUCUCUUUUGCUCUUGUUGCUCGGAAUCAAGAAGGGGGUCUGCUGGAAGCCAGGGCAAGCUGUAUUGGGGGAUUAGUUGAACCUGAAUUUGCAGAGGCAAUAGGGAUAAGAGAAGCCCUUAGCUGGAUAAAAGACAAGAAUUGGCACAAAGUUGAAGUGGAAUCAGAUUCAUUGGUGUCAAUACAAGCUAUUCGAAGCCCCACUGUGCUUCUAUCCUAUUUCGGUAGAAUUGUUCAUGAAUGUAGACAGUUGUUGCUUGAUCUCAUUCAUCAUGAAAUGUCCAUUAAAUUUGUAAAACGAUCUGCAAAUGCUGUAGCCCAUUCUCUAGCAAGGUCUACUAGCAUUAUUUCUGAUCGUGUUGUUUUAGGGAGUGAUAUCCCUUUUGAGUUGAAUGUUGUAUUGUUGAACGAUUUACUUGAUUAA